CUGAAACUGAAUUCUCUCUCUCUCAUGUUUAUGCUGGGUCAAGCCAGCAAGAAUACUCUUUUUUCGCUUGAAACAUGUCUCAAUUCUCAUCGAUUUCACGCGUUUGUGGUUUGAAAUGACACUUUGGUUGCAUAGAUAUUCGUUUUCGUCACUGCAUUGUCAAAGGUUGACAAUGUGUCUUCUCUUCCAUAUUUACAUCCUACAUCCAGCAAUAUAGUAAUGGACAGUUCAAGACCCUAUCUGGAGCUACCACUUUCAAUGCAGCAUUCAAGUGUAACUGGAAGUAAAGAAAGAGUACCGGAAAAUGAUUUCCAGCAAAUUUCAUCUCAAACUUUACUGGACUUCCUACCCUCUUUACAUAAUGUCCCAAAAGGAGGGUUGGAUUUGCCAGAGUUUAAUCUGCCUUCCAAUGAAAAUAUGCAAGGAGGACUACUCUCAUCUUUUAAAGUGAAUGACGGCUGUAAUCUUUUGCUCAACCCAUUUGCCGACAGUCAGCAGCUGGGCCAUGGGUUAUUAUAUGGACAACGAAAUGAGAUGCAAGUGAAUGACACCUCAAGCCAUAGUGGGAACAUCUUAAGUGAUCCCAAUUAUCUUAAUAUGAACACAAGUGCAGUACCUCAUCAUUCUCAAGGACCUGAAAUAUCACUAUCUUCCCAUAUUUUUAGUAAGAAUGUUGAAAGCCCCACAGCAGUUCCAUCAAAUUUCUCUAGUGCAAUGUUGCCUUUCAAUUCGUCUUAUGAAGAUAGCCAAUUCAACAAGAAUUUCGAACAACUGGAGGCUAUUACCAAACAUAUAAAAUCUGAUAAUUCUCCUCUUGUUAAGGAGGAGGGUACGAUUGCCACAAAAUCUGAUCAAAGUUGCAGUGUAGAAUGUGGCGACAGUGUGAGCCCUGUAUGUGAUAUUGGAGCACCAAGAGUCAAUUCACUCAUAAGUGACUCUAGUGAACCGAAUUUAGGCAACAUUUCUGAUGAGAAAUUGAACUUGAAAGAUUUGGAUCAUAUUGACCUACAGCAACUUAACAGUGAAGAAGUGAAAGUGGUUGAGAGUGUUGUGACUUGUGCUUUCUGCCCAAGAUCAUUUAAAACUCAAGAGCAACUAAGUAAGCAUGAGGCUCUGCACCCUUACCAGACCUCUGCAAUUCAGUGCUCCAAGUGUGGAGAAAUUUUGGGAAACUACAUGUUGCUUCAGGAACACAAACAGUAUGAAGAUUAUCUGAGUUCUUGUGACUUAUGUGGACAACUUUUUCCCAAUGAAGAAUGCAUGAUUUGUCACAUUAGAAAUGCUCACAAUGAUGUUGAUGAUAUUUUUGAUGACGAGAAUAAUGCAUCUGAAGAUCUUCAUGGCCCACCCAAGAAUUCUACCGAAGCUCCUACAGAAUCUUUUGAAGAGGCACUUUUUAAUCAAAGCUCUGUUCUGGAAGACCAGGCUGAAAGUAAUGAAAAAUAUGAUCUGACACCACCACCUCCGGAAGAACAGGUAACUGCUGAUGACAACCAUGACAAUGAAACCAAUGAAGAGUUAACUCCAAGUCACUUUGAAGAAGCAAAUGUGGAUUCAAACAUACAGCCUACUGCUGUGUUGGAGAACAUUAUUGAAAGUUCUAAUAUGGAAGCUGAUGGCCCCUACUCUGAGGAGCUAGAAAACACUGUUGAGCAGUCUGUUUGUUUAAAUGAGCACCUUCCCGAGACUGCUCCUAGUAAACCCAAAAAGACCAAGUGUCGGUAUUGUUCCAAGAAAUGUUCAACAAGGAAGAGUCUUGUUCGUCAUGAAAGGAGUCACCCCUAUGCAACAGCAGCCAUGAAGUGUAACCUUUGCUUAGAGGUUGUUGAAAACUAUAAAGCAUUUAAAGUCCACAAAAAGAACCUGGGAACCCCAGUCUCAUGUAUCACUUGCAAUCAAGUAUGUCCCAAUGAAAAUUGUCUGAAAUGCCAUGUUCGAAAUGUGCACAAUAACUUUGUAUAUGGUGCCCCUCCUGUGUACAAUUUGGAUGAUUCCAAUGAUGAUGCUUAUGAGGUUGAAGGUGAAGAGGAGGAGGAGGGAGAUAGUGAUAGCGGUGCUUUAUCAGCUCAACAAUAUUCCGUGUCAAAAUAUACUGUAGGGGAUCCUGGUGCUCCACUUCGUAUUACUAUCAAACAAGAAAAAGAGGAGACAUAUGUUGCCCCAGUGUCUCCUUCAUAUUCUGCACCCACACCUCCAACACCAUCCACACCAUCUCCUCAAGGUGCUCCUACACCAUCUCCCCCUGCCUAUGUCUAUGAGUCAGAACCCUCAGACGAUGCAGAUAAUGAUCAGGAAUAUGAGCCAUAUGCAUCUGAUCAUUCAGUGGAAAUUCAGAGUAAAAAACAUUUACGGAGGAAGACUGCUCUGCGUUCGUCCAAAAAGUCUGGUGUACAUUUCUUAUCCUCAAGUGAAGAAAGUGAUCAUGAUGAAUCUGCUGAUUUUAACUACAGUCCCCAAACUAAUUCAGAGAGUGAAGAAAAUUCUGAUGAGGACCCCGAGUGGGACCAAACGGAAAACUCUUUUGGUAACUCCAAAAAGAGGACCAGAAGAAAGAACCCCUUGAGCGAUGAUGAUUCAGAUGUGGACCCUGAUUGGGGGCAACAAACUUCUUCUGCAGGGAGUAAGAAAAGAGCAAGACGGAAAAAGGGCCCUCUCAGUGAUGAUUCUGAUAAUGAUUUUGAUUGGAGCAUUCCUCAAACUUCUUUUGCUACCUCUAAAAAAAGGAGUGCUCGGAAGAAAAGUUCCUUGAGUGAUGAUGAUUCUGACUAUGACCCCGAUUGGAAGCAGGAUGAUAACUCCUCAGGAAGUACAAAAAAGAAGGUGCCAAGCAGAAAGAGCAGAAAGAAAACCAUUCAAGUUGCGUUUUUUGUGCCAGCCAUUCCAGUUCCCAAAGUAAAGCGCCCAAGGGCACGCGGAUUAGGAGGCCAAAAGGCUCAAGAUGCAGCUGCAGCACUUGCACAAGCUGUUGAAGACAUGGAAACUAUUGUACCAGAACUGAAAACAGUAAUUAAACCGGUACGCCGGUCUGUCACUAAGGCAUCCUUAAAAACUUAUAGUGAGAUGUACGAUGAUGAAUAUGAUUAUGAUCUUGUGAAUGUGAAGCCAGAACCGGACGUACCUGGAGACUCUGAAACACUGAUGCAAAAUGAGCAAGAUCCAAAUGUACCAGCUGCUCAAACUUAUUCCGAUAGUAACAAUCCUUAUGAGUUUAAUGAUGAAUUAGAUGUCUCAAACUCAGAUAUUUCAGACAAACAAAAUAGAUCCAAUAUAGAUAGCCUAAAUAGUGAUCAACAGGAAGAACAAAUUGUAGUCAAAGCAGAGCCAUAUGACUUUCAUGAUGACGAUGAGGAUAACGAAGAUGAUGAUCCCUCGUAUGGAACUGAUCUUUAUUUCAGUAAGAAGUUUUGCGAGCCAAAUUUAAAAUAUGGAAAUAUUAAAUGUCCUACAACAAUUAAGACAGAUCCUGAUGCUGAUGAAAAACCAAAAAAAGAGCUGAGAUAUGUUUGCAAAAUAUGUGGAAGAGCUCUUCAAUACAGGUCUCACCUUGUUAGGCAUUUGCGCCGAGUUCAUGAUGGGGAAGGUGUUGAAGAAGUGAUGCGGCGCUUAAUGAAGUGCAGGUUCUGUGAAAAGCCCUACUCUAAUGAGCUAAGUCUUAUCAACCAUGAAAAACUGCAUGAUGGGACCAGCAAAAUGAAGUGCAACAAAUGCGAGGAACGUUUUGAUGACAAAAAUGCACUCCGAAGACAUCAACGGAAAAUGCAUUGGGAACACCAGCCUGUGGAAUGUGAAAUUUGCAAAAAACAAUUGUCAGAUAACACUUGCCUUAAAGCACAUAUGAAGCAUAUGCAUGGAGCAGAAGAGAAAAAAGUAACUGUUUUUACCUGUGAAACUUGCGGCCGGCAGCUGCAUACAAAAACAGCUUUUCAAAACCAUGUUGCAAGUAAAUGUGGGACAAACCUUCUCUUUCCAUGUGAGACAUGUGGCAAGUCUUUCUCAUUUAAGGGUUCUCUAAAGGCUCAUCAGCUUCUUCAUACUGGAGUCAAAAGCUUCUUGUGCAAAUUUUGUGGGAAAGCUUUCCAUCAGAAGGGAGAAAUGAAGAGACAUGAAAGAAAGCAUACUGGUGAAAAGCCAUUUGUUUGUGAAGUUUGCGGCCGAGCAUUUGCAUAUCGUGAGAGCUUGCUUGGUCACAGUGCAGUCCACACUGGAAUCAAACCGUUCCCCUGCAAGACCUGUGGUAUGAGGUUUUCAUGCUCUGGGAACCUAGUCAAACAUAGGCGUUCAAACAAUUGCAAAGGAUUCUCAGAGCAGGGUGAUAUAACUGUUGUCAAUUUGGAAGGAGAAAAUACUCAAGAAAGUACAAGUGUCAGUCAUGCAUUGGCAGUAGAUAAGCCUGCUGACCUUUUACCAGAGACAGCCACAAAGCCACCUUCUGUGAUUACUGGUUUAUCGAAUGAGAACCGUAAUUUAGUUGGUGAAAAUAGCAGUGCUCCUCAAAUCUCUCAUAGCUUUACUAAUGAAACUCACAAGAUAAAGCAGGAGCCUGUGCAAACCCCCAUCGCUGAUAUUGCUCAGCAAAUUCACCAAAGUGCUGUGAACAGUGUACAAACAUCCACCUCCAGUAUUGUGAAGCUGCCCCCAGGAAUCUCUGUGAAGCCUGCCUCAGCACUUCAAUCAACUCCAAAAGAAACUAAACCCCUUCCUGAUGUGAAUGUUUCUCAGUAUUAUCAAAAUUCGAGCAGCGUGAAUAAUCGACUGAUGGGCCAUUUAAAUCCUAUGUAUGAUAGACACGAGAACAAUGUGGCAACUCAGAAUAACUACAACUCUCACAAUUUAGGUCCCUCCUUUAGUGAGAACCAUUUCAGACAAUCUAAUCAAGUGAAUGUUAAUGACAGGAGAUAUUCGCAAUUGAGUUUAGAAGGCUAUGCUGGUCGCCCUGAACAAUAUUUUGACCAUCAGUCCUUGAUGAGGCAUGAAAUGAACCGUCAAGUUAUGGAGAGAGCUGCUGAUAGACAAACACCAAGAUUCUUAGAUUUGCGGUUUAGUGGUGUUGACAGCAGGAAUGCAAUGCAGUCCUAUCAUGGGCCAACCCUACCUCACACCUCUACUUAUCCCAAUAUUCAUUCUGGACAUUUGGGAAACUAUGCUGCUGCACAUUCAGUGAACCAUUCAGCUAAUCCUGCUAAUAUGUAUGGGAGCAACACAAUGAUGGCAGGGUCUGUGGGUUUCCCUGCAUUCACUGCAAAUAAUCAUAUGGCUAUGGGAUAUGGCCAUAAUAAUCCAAUCCCUGCACAUGCUGUUGCUCAUGCUGGUUCAUAUCCAACAUCACAUAUGAGCCAUCUAGAGGCUCUUUUUGGGCAUUUUAGCCAAAAUGCUGCGAAUAAUAGUUUGCAGCGUCUUUCAUCUCAAAGUGCUGGGUCUACAGCUUCAAGCAACCCAUCUUUACCAAGCAAUCAUCGUGUUUAAAUUGUGAGAUGAGAUGUGCUUUGUCUUAAACUAGGUCCUAGGAUAUACCAAAGAAGACCCCUUUAGUCAGAAAAAUAUUAUGUAAAAUGUUUGUUACCUUUUCUAACAACUAUUUAAUAAGAAAUCAAGUGGCUGCAAUAGGAAGUCAUAAAAAGCUUAUAUAUUGUAUCACUGUUCUUUUAGUUUACUUAUCAUGUAUUCAAAGAUAUUCUGUUAAUAUUGUGUGCAAGUUAUUUUUACGAGGGCACUCAGAAAGAAUACUUCUUAUAUGUACCAUGUUUUAUUGAUAUGAUUGAUUAUAAAUAUUCUAUUUGAAUUCAAACCCAUAGUUCUGUAUAUAUUUGUUGCAGUAAUUUUAAUUUUGAGCUUGUGUGAUCUUGAUUGUUAUCCACUUAACGUUGAUGCAUGAUAUUACCGCACACCAAGCCGCACACAAUUGUGAAUGAAUAGGAUCAUUAAAUCAAAAUUAGCAGGUUUUUUUUUUCAGAUUGUAGAAAAAUUGAACGUUCUGAGUAACUCACUGAGAGGAAGUACUUCAUUAGGUAUUAUCGUAUUUAAUUUUGUAUCUUGUUUUCAUGGUUCUUUUAAAAUGUGAGCAAGAUACAUUUUUGUAUUAUCUUGUUUUUUGUUUGUACUGAGUACAAUGUUUUGUGCGAGAAAAUGUUAAAUGUAUUUAUUGUUGUCGAGGCUUACAAAUGAGGUGUACUUAAAACGUUGGAGUGUGGUAGAUUGCCAAUUUAUCUCAUGUAAUGUGUAUUAGAGGCAUGGUAGGCAAUCCAAGUGCCAUUAUGACAAAUAUUGAGACUGCAAUGCAAAGCAAAUAAAGGCAGUUAACGAUUAGGUUCUACCUGUCAUCAAAUCUCUUCUUAAAAGUUUCUUAAUUUAUGUUUUAGAUUUAGUGUGUAAAGUCUAGUUUAAUGAUAAAACAGGGUUAUUCUUAGAAACUAGCAAUUACAAGUUCCUUUAACUGUGGAAUAGCUGCAAAUAAGAAAUUUAUGUGUGUCUAAGUUACACUAGAAUCGAAACACAAAUCAAUAUGCACUAUACUGGCAACCAAAUAUCUGUGUAAAUAUAUGCUAUUUUCAUGUUUUUACUUCAUUGUAUUUGUGAAUUUUAAUGAAUUCUAUAGAUUUUUGACGUUACCUUCACUGGAAACCGUCUUUUUCUGUACAAAUUCCCAGAGAAUAAAUUUACGACCCUAAUUUUUAA